CCAUCAAAACUUAAAGUAGGUACUUCAUGUACAUACUUAUACAUUAAUACUUAUGAGUGGUAUCCAAUGUCUUCAAUUUUGCAUAAAGUACUGGUACAUUGGCACCAAAUUAUGGAAACUUCCGUACUUCUUCUAGGGGCUCUCUGUGAAAAUGCGUCAGAAGAGCGCAAAAAAUUGUACAAACUCGAUAUGCUUUCUCAUGCAAGGAAAAACAGCCGCCUGAAUACUAUAUCAGAUGUGUUUAAUAGAGCAUUGGAUUCCUCUGACCCGCUGCUUUCAACUAUAAAUCUAAAGGAACGCCGAAGAUUAAACUAUAAAAAAAGCCUACCAAGAGAUGUUAUUGUAGCUCUUUUGGAAUCUCCUGAUAUUGAGCUUCCAAUAACAUGGGCAUGUGUAGACGAGAAGAAGGCGGAGAUAAUGAACUCGGGCAGAGUUACCUGGAGUUGGAUGAAGAGCUUUGUGAAAAAUAAAUUAUUAACUGGGCACCAAGGUAUAUGUACAAAGUUUCAGGUUUCUAUCUUCAAAAAUGGUAUAAAUGCAAAUUCGGGACUUUUUGCCCACAGUGCACUGCGUGUUAAAUAAUAUUCGUUAUUGGUUAAUGAUUAAUGAUGAUUAAUGGUUAAAAAACCAAAUUAUAACUCAAACAAUAAUAAUCAAGGGAUAUGAAACAGAUGUCGCUUGUGAGGUCAAACAAUUUAAACGCCAGUAAAUUCAUGUUGUAAUCCAUAUGUUAAUCCAACUAAUUUUAAACUCUUAUGCGUUGAUACCAUGAUUGCGUUGUU